AUGGAGAACGAACGCGGAGAGCUUGUCGACCUGUACGAUCCCCCAUCAUUUCCUGAGAUACCCGCCCCCACCGAGCAGAGCUUACGUCCCCGCAAGUGCAGCGCCACCAACCGCAUCAUCAAGGCCAAGGACCACGGCUCUGUUCAGAUCAGCAUCGCCAAGGUCGACGAGAACGGCAGAUUCAAUGGCGAGACCCAGGCCUACGCCCUCUGCGGCUUCGUUCGCGCCAUGGGCGAGUCCGACGACUGCAUGAACCGCCUCGCUCAGCGUGACGGCUACCUCAAGAACGUCUGGAGCGCCAGCCGAUAA